AUGCAAAACUUGAAGUUUCUGGAUUGUUCGAUGACAUGUGUCGAGGAUCAUGAAUUGAGAAGAUUUGUCGAUCAUCAUCCAAAGUUAAAGACUGUCGUGGCUAUAUGUUAUUUAAAAUAUCGUAAAAAAUUCAAAACCAAUAAUUUUCAUAGUUGCAAAAGGCCGGGCCGGGCCGGGACGGGCUGGCCGGGCCUGGCCGGGGUAAGAUUUGGCAACUAUGACAAAGGAGAAGACCAUGCACCCGCACAGGUGAUUCGCGCAGCGUCUAUAACAGGUGAAAUAUUGUUCGCGGAAAGACGCCAUGGGUACAUCGGAACAUGCCUGCCGCAGGCCAUUUACAGACCAAUCGCGAAAGCGCCACCGCAAACGACCAAUAUUCCGCCUAUCGCAAGCAAAUCUCCUACAAUUGGCUUGUCGCGAGAGCAAUAA